GCCAGCGCGUCUCCGAGGCAGCGGUGUUCACUGAGAUCCGAGAGGAAACAACACAGGCUGCAGCAGCUCAGGACUUCAACUCUCCACCUGGACGCCCUGGACCCAGUCUGCCGGCAUGUUUUCACUCGGGGAGAAGAUGGAGUUUCUCAUAGGAAACCCCUACUCCACGCCCGUGGGCCAGAGAAUCGAAAGAGCAACCGGCGGCGCUCUGCAGUCAGAGGACUGGGGUCUCAACAUAGAGAUAUGUGACAUCAUCAAUGAGACGGACGAGGGUCCCAAAGAUGCGGUCAAAGCUCUAAAGAAGAGGAUCAUAGGAAACAAGAACUUCAGAGAGAUCAUGUUGGCCCUUACUGUUCUUGAGGCUUGUGUGAAGAACUGUGGCCACCGCUUCCAUGUCCUCGUGUCAUCGCAGGAGUUUGUUGAAGGGGUUUUGGUUCGUUCCAUUCUGCCCAAAUAUAACCCACCCACCGCCCUCCAUGACAGGGUACUCAGCCUCAUACAGUCCUGGGCGGAUGCAUUUCGCAGCUCUCCUUCUUUGGCCGGGGUGGUGUAUGUGUAUGACGACUUGAGGAGGCGAGGUCUGGAGUUCCCCAUGACGGACCUGGACGCUCUGUCCCCGAUCCACACUCCAAACAGGAGUAUCCCAGAAAACGAGACUCCUGACGUGACCGCUGUCGCUCCUCCAGCUCAUCAGUCACAACCACAGGCUCCCGUAGAGGCGACCGAGCUGAACGCCUCACCUCCAGUUGAGCCCAAUGGGGGACCGGCAUCGCUGUCUGCAGAACAGGAGCAGAAGCUGCGGAGCGAGCUGGCGCUGGUGAAGGGGAAUCUCACAGUGAUGUCUGAAAUGCUGAAUGAGCUCGUACCUGGACAGAGCAAGCCUGAUGAUACGGAGCUGCUACAACAGCUGUACUCAGUGUGUAAGAACAUGCAGACUCGGGUGGUGGAGCUCAUCCCCCAGCUGCUGGAUGAAGGGUUUAUGGAGGAGUUGCUCGUGGUCAACGAUGACCUCAACAACGCCUUCAUCCGCUACGAGAGGUUUGACAGACUUAACAAGGCCCAGAUCUCAAGUCAUCCGCAGCAGAGCUCUACCAGCAAUACAAGCCUCAUCGAUGUCAGCCCACAGCCGCCCACUCUCAGCCAACCUGCUGUCAUCCCAACAACCAGCCAACCAACAGAAAGCACCUCCACCAAUCAGAGGCAACCGGCCAGUCACAAAGAGGAGGAGGAGUUUGACAUGUUUGCUCAGACAAGAGGCAGCUCCCUGGCUGAUCAGAGGAAAAGUGUCAGAUAUGAGGACCCAAGAGCAGUGGAAGGCCUCGCCGGAGCUCUGGACACCAGGUUGCAGGUCACAGGAGGAAUGCCACAGACGAACAACUCUCCACAGAACAAUAUUGACAAGUGGUUAUCCGGCGAUAUGGGGCAGCAGUCCUCAGUAAGUGAGGGAGUGUCCAGUGAAGAAUUUGAUAUGUUUCUGGAGGAUCGGGCAAAGGCAGCAGACCACAGCAGCCAGGGGAGCAGCAGCAUGCCGCCCGUAGCAUCCAGACCGCCUCCACCGGCAACCCAGCAACAGGACAGAUCACAUGACCACCUUUUUUCACUCUGAGUGUGGAGACGUGGAAGGCUAAGCAUACAGACAGGCUGUGCCAAGUCAGGUUAUCUCUGUACACGCACACACACACACAAACACAGGCAUGUACACGAACAAAAACACACACACACACAGUAAAAACCUGACACUACAGAACUAGUGCCUAAUCAACUUGUAUGCAGUAUUUCUUAGUUAAUUUUGCUCUUUGUACCUUUCUGUAAGAACAACUUUAUGUGGAUGUAUUUAUGAAAUGUAUUAUUCUAAUGUCGAUGUGAACAAGAGUUUACAGUUGAACAUAUAUUUGAUAUUACACCAUCGCAGGCCUUCCAAGAAGAAAUUUGAUUUUGUGUAAAUGAGAAUAAACGGGACAUUGUCCUGCAAACAUGUUU